CUUCUAUAAAAAGGCCCUCAAAUUCUCGGUGGCCAUGGCGAUUUGGGUCUUUUGCAGAGAGGAGCGAAAGCACGCGGAAGAGCAAUGACCCAUUAAAAAACUUAUAAGCAAAACCCCACCCACUUGGCUUAGGUUUUGUCUCUCUCUCUGUAUCGGAAACCCUAAAUUCCAGCAGGAAAAAGUAUUUGAAUUUCCGACGAAGGAAGGGAUCGAUGUCGACACCGGCGAGGAAGAGGCUGAUGAGGGAUUUCAAAAGGUUGCAGCAAGAUCCACCUGCGGGGAUCAGUGGAGCUCCUCAGGACAAUAAUAUCAUGUUGUGGAAUGCUGUGAUUUUUGGACCUGAUGAUACCCCUUGGGAUGGAGGUACGUUUAAAUUGACGCUGCAGUUCUCUGAGGAUUACCCUAAUAAGCCUCCUACGGUUCGAUUUGUUUCACGGAUGUUUCAUCCAAACAUUUAUGCAGAUGGAAGUAUUUGCUUGGAUAUUUUACAGAAUCAGUGGAGUCCUAUUUAUGAUGUUGCAGCUAUAUUGACUUCUAUUCAGUCCCUGCUGUGUGACCCAAACCCAAACUCGCCUGCAAAUUCUGAGGCAGCUCGGAUGUUCAGUGAGAACAAGCGGGAAUACAACCGAAGAGUGCGUGAAAUAGUGGAGCAGAGCUGGACAGCGGACUGAA